AUGAAGCUUUCUGUCACCUUUACAUUUAUUGCUGUGACCGUCACAUCAUCUUGUGCUACAGCCUCUGUGGUCGAUAAUCACCACGAAAACGCUAUCAUUUAUCAUCACAAUGCUUUACCGUGUACUGACGCACUAUGUGAUGAUGACUACUCUCCUGUGUGCGGUUUCGACAACAAAACUUACCCGAACGCGUGCAUCUUUCAGGCGACUUAUUGCCGAUCUAAUGUCACGAUGGCGUAUUUUGGGCCUUGUCGUGAAAGGUUUGAAGAUAACCAGCGGGCACACUCGUCAGCAUCGGCUUCUUCAUUAAACGAGAAAACGCCGUUGGUUCGCGACCGUGCUCAUUCAGCCAACGAAGAACGGGGUUCAUCUGUUUAUCCUGAGUCAGAAAUACUGAAUGUUGCCUGGAGUUUGCAACAACUAGAUAGAAUGAAUGAGGCGAUUAACGGAGGGUAUAAUCUAAAUGAACUCAUGCAAAGAGACAUACAUCCUUACACCUACCUCAAGGUGUUGCAUGACCGUGACAACACUUGGGAUAAGAAGUUGCUUAGAACUGUCGGAUCGAUAAUUAAGGGAGGAGAGACACGACUUCCUAAUGCCGUGGAUGAAAUAGUGAACGAGCCAGGUGAAUAG